AUUUACCUGUUAUAGAAAGUAAAUGGAGAGAAAGAUGGAGACAAUUAAAAAAUAGCUCUAAAAAUGAAGAAAAUAAAAAAAAAUUUUAUAUAUUGGCCAUGUUUCCAUAUCCGAGUGGCAUGUUACAUAUGGGACAUGUGAGAGUAUACACUAUUAGUGAUACCAUUGCAAGGUUUAGAAAAAUGUUAGGUUACGAGGUAAUCCAUCCGAUGGGUUGGGAUGCUUUCGGACUUCCGGCUGAAAAUGCCGCAAUUGAACGUAAUAUUCAUCCGGCUGAUUGGACUGUGGCGAACAUUAAAGCCAUGAAGAUGCAAAUGGAAAAAAUUUUGGCAGAUUUUGAUUGGGAUAGGGAAUUGACUACAUGCAACUCGGAUUAUUACAAGUGGACUCAAUUUCUUUUCCUUAAAUUAUACAAAAAUGGUUUGGCGUAUCAAAAAGAAGCCGUCGUAAAUUGGGAUCCAAUUGAACAAACCGUGUUGGCUAAUGAACAGGUAGAUGGUGAGGGGCGUUCUUGGCGUUCGGGUGCCAAAGUAGAAAAUCGAAAGUUAAAACAAUGGUUCUUUAAAAUCACGGAUUUUGCUGAGCCAUUAUUAAAAGGUCUUGAUAAGCUGGAUAAAUGGCCAGAUCGUGUCAAGCAAAUGCAACGUCAUUGGAUCGGUAAAUCUGAAGGUGCCGAGUUUGAUUUUGUUGUGAAUUUGAACACAAACGACAAAUUCCCUAUAAAAGUGUUUACUAGUAGACCAGACACCAUUUUUGGUGUGCAUUAUCUUGCAAUAUCUAUAGACCAUGUUUUAGUGUCAAAAGAUUUUCUAUCACCGGAUAUUUAUUUGGAAGUGUUGAAACUUGCAGAGAAAAUGAGACAAGAUUUAAUUGAAGCCAAUGAAAAAAAAUCACAUCAAGGAGUUAAAACCGAUAUUUACGCGACCCACCCGAUUACUGGAGAAUUAAUUCCUAUUUACGUAGCUUCAUAUGUUGUUUCUGAUUAUGGGACCGGAGCUAUAAUGGGAGUACCUGCACAUGAUGAACGAGAUUGGAAUUUCACCAAAUUAAAUCAUAUCGUUGACAAGAAAGAUAUUAAAAAAGUUGUAAAACCUAUAUUUUAUAAAGAUGGUACGGAUCUCAUUGAAGACGGUGAAGUAUAUACAACGUAUGGAAUCUUAACGUCUAGUUGCGGAAAAUAUGCUGGAAUGAAAAGCGAAGAUGCGAUGAAGAGGAUUGUUGAUGACGCUGAAACAGCAGGUUAUGGCCGUUCGGCGGUUCAGUAUCGACUUAGAGAUUGGUUAAUAUCAAGGCAACGGUACUGGGGUGCUCCAAUUCCUGUGAUACAUUGUCCAGAAUGUGAUGUUGUACCCGUUCCCGAGAGUGAGCUGCCUGUUAUGCUACCAACCGAUAUUUCUCUUAUCGGUCGUGGUGGUUCUCCCUUGAAAUACGUUGAGGAUUGGUUAAAUACUAAAUGUCCAAAAUGUCAAGGACCCGCAAAAAGAGAUACAGAUACUAUGGAUACAUUUGUUGACUCAUCUUGGUAUUUUAUGCGAUAUACCGAUUCCAAUAAUACUUCAUUACCAUUUUCAUACGAUAAAGCAUCCAAAUAUCUACCUGUUGACGUAUAUGUUGGUGGCGCGGAACAUGCAAUUUUACAUUUAUUAUAUUCAAGAUUUUUUGUAAAAUUUUUAUAUAAACAAGGUAUGUAUUCACCUAUCCACGAAAACAUCCAAGAACGAGAUGAACCAUUUAAACAAUUAGUGACACAGGGAAUGGUUCAUGCUAAAACCUUUAAGGAUCCGUUAACCGGAAGAUUUUUAAAACCCGAGGAACUUGAUUUAUCAAAACUUAAUGAACCUGUACAAAAAUCAACCGGACUUACACCUAUAGUAUCAUUCGAGAAAAUGUCUAAAAGUAAACAUAACGGAAUUGACCCAGAAGCAACUAUUGAAAGAUAUGGCGCAGAUGCUACGCGCUUACAUAUGCUUUUUAAAGCUCCAGUAUCUGAAAUUCUUGAAUGGGAAGAUUCAAGUAUUAUUGGUAUGCAAAGAUGGAUUUUACGAGUUUGGAAAUUAGUAGGCAACCUUGCUAAUCAUCAUCAAAGUAAUGAUCGACUCAAAUUGGAUAUGAGUAUAAUGAACGAUGAUGAAAAAGAAACAUAUCGAGUAAUAAACUUUACAAUAAAAGAGAUGACGACAAUAUUUAGUGAAACGUUUUCAUUCAAUACAGCAGUAUCUUCUUUGAUUAAAUUAACCAAUCAUCUUACAAGUGUUUCUCCAAUUAUGAAUAAGUCUGACCGAAAUGAAAAUUCGAUUAUUUCACCCGUGUAUAUAUAUGGCGUCAAAUCUUUAGUUAAAAUGAUAGCGCCAAUGGCACCAAGUAUAGGAGAAGAAUUUUGGGAGGUUUUGAUUAAAGACAGAGAAAGUCGAACAGUCUUUGAGGAACCUUGGCCGAAAGUCGACAAUAAAGGAUUAAGUGUUGAAGAAGUUACCUGUGUCGUUCAGGUUAAUGGCAAACGGAGAUUUUCCCUUCAAAUUCCUUCAUCAAUUCUACAAGACAGUUUGGCGGUCGAAAUGUUAAUUCGUAAAUCUGAUAGUGGUCAGAAUUGGAUUGAAAGUAAUAAAUUUUGUAAAAAGGUCAAACGUGUAAUCCACGCUAAUGGUGGGAAGAUUGUUAAUUUUGUUCUCGAAAAAUAA